AUGUUAUCUCCAACGCAUCAUGGACUGGAUUUCGGCAUCGUCAAGGAGGAGUCGGACAGCCGGACGGCACGAUACCUGAUCCAAUCGUGCGGGUACAGGGCACUCUGCAAGGACAGCCUAGGAUGGCUGCCCGAGGACUGGUAUUUCGGGAGGGACCAAACUGGAGGCCUCCUCCUCCACACGACUCUCGGGGGAGCCAGAAUACAGGUGUGUAAGGGUGGCGCUCCUUCCAUCUCUGCUGCCGGCGAAGGUUGUCAUCUUAGAGAGUUCAAUAAGUUGAUUUGGGAGUAAAUGAGCGUUCAAAUUCGCCACUUAGCCUGUGGUAGUACUCUCUCUCCCCAUUGUUCCGGCGCCUCAUCUCCACUGUCUGUCUUGUCCGUAUGGGGCCACAAUGAUGCACGCCUU